AUGGCGAUCCAAUAUUUGAUUCUUCUCUCCCGCCAGGGCAAAGUGCGCCUGGCAAAAUGGUUCACCACCCUCUCGCCUAAGGACAAGGCCAAGAUCGUCAAAGACGUCUCGCAGCUGGUCUUGGCACGACGGACACGCAUGUGCAACUUCAUUGAAUAUAAAGACACCAAGAUUGUGUACCGACGAUACGCCUCCUUAUUCUUCAUCGCCGGCUGCUCCUCCGAGGACAACGAACUCAUCACCCUCGAAAUCAUCCACAGAUAUGUCGAACAGAUGGACAAGUACUACGGCAACGUGUGCGAGCUCGACAUCAUCUUCUCCUUCACGAAGGCCUACUAUAUUCUGGAUGAGCUCCUACUCGCCGGCGAGCUUCAGGAGAGUAGCAAGAAGAACGUUCUCCGCUGUAUAGGGCAGCAGGAUUCACUCGAGGAUAUGGAGGUCGAAGACGAGGUCACCAAGCUUAUGUAG